AUGUCCAGCAUACCGGAUUUCCAGAAUCUGUUUCGCCUCGACGGAAAGGUCGCAUUGGUCACUGGUGGUUCUCGGGGAUUGGGGCUUCACGCAGCGACGGCCCUGCUCCUUGCAGGCGCAAGGAAGGUUAUUGUGACCGCUCGCAAGUCAGAUGGCCCACACGGCCUCGACCAAGCGGUUGAGCGACUGAACAAACUCCCUGGCACAACGGGCCGCGCGGUGGCUGUCGCAGCGGACAUAUCCAAGGCCGACGAGAUCCAAAUAUUGCUGGACGAGGUCAAAGCGACCGAGCCUCAGCUCGAUAUCCUAGUCGCAAAUGCGGGCACCGCGUGGGGUGGACCUUUUGAUACCACACCGGACGCAGGUGUCGCAAAGGUUUUGGACCUCAAUGUGAGGAGCGUCUUCAACUUGAUAAGGCUGAAAAACCAGUCAUUGACGCCGGAUAGUUUCGCCCCUUUGUUGCAGAGGGCCGGCACCGACAUCGACCCGGCUCGAGUCAUCAUCGUGAGCUCAACGGCGGGCUCCCAUGUGCCUCAUAUCGGGGAACAUGGCACAAUUAUCUACUCAGCCUCCAAGGCGGCCGCGGACCAUCUCGCCAGGAACCUCGCCGUCGAACUAGGUCCGAGGAACAUUGUCGUCAACUCGGUGGCGCCUGGAUUUUUCCCUUCGAAGCUUGCCAGUGGCUUGAUCCAGUCUCUUGGAGGACUUGAGCAGCUGGAGAGGGAGAACCCCCGGAAGAGGCUCGGUGUGUCCUCUGACAUUGCCGGCAUCACCGUGUUUUUGUCCUCGCCGGCGUCUUCUUGGAUGUAA